AAGGAAUAAUCCUUCGAUCGUACUAUCUGCGCUAAAUCCUUCGACUUCAAUAUUAGUGAAUCGGCCCCUAGAUGUCAGACCAUUUGAUAACCCGAUAUGCUUCUUCUGAAUAAAUGAUACAAUAGUUUCUCAAUCUUUGAAGAACUGUAAGCAGGCUAAAAAUUCUGCAUGUUAUAUUUUGGGUUUCUUUACUAGCGCAAGGUCGGUGCUCAAACCUUUAGCAGUUAGCAAUUAAUUGAAAGUGAAUCAUCCCAUAAAUAUAAUGUAUAUAUCCCUUUGGAAAUAUUUUGACUCUUCUUAAAUUAUCAGCUUUUAUGAAUCACAAUACCUGCCAGUUUCCUAUAUAUAUAUAUAUAAAAUAUGUGUUAUCUACUGCCCCAAAAAUAUGAAUUGUGCAUUAUGACUGUCAUGGCUGACAUUUCUGCACCAGCAAACAAAAAUUUCAGUGUGUUAAGUAAUGGUGACAAAUAACCUCACCCCAACUGGAUAGUAUUAGUUCUCUUUUAGCAAUGAAUAUAUUCAAGAUGCACUUGGAUUCAGAUGUUAUAGAUAAAUAUUGAUUUUUACCUGGAUGAGAAAAAGCUAAAGGUUGACAGCUGCAGAUAUCUACUCAAGUGAUUUAGGAAUUCAUUUAACUCAAUUGUCUAUGAAGAGUCUGUUUCAGAGUUAAACAUUCACAUAUUUUCUCUGCACAGAAGCUGCAAUUUGACUUUCAAUCCUUUGCUCUGUCAUUAACCAGUGGAAAUCCCAAGCAAUGCACAAGCUCAAACCCAAGAUUUUUAUUCUUCUUGUCCUCGUCUGCGGAAUUUCUGGAUUUCUGUUUCAUCUCAAAGUUUUUGAGCAGACUGUCAUGACUCAAAACCAACGUAGAGAUGAUGUGAGAGUUACCUGUCGUCAAAACAAUCUCACAGUCUACUCACACCGAAUAAAACCUUCUAUUGCAAAGCAGCUGUAUGUGGUGCACAGCCAUAAGUUUAUUUACUGUGAAGUGCCAAAAGUGGGCUGUUCCAACUGGAAGAGGAUCAUUUUGCUUUUAAACAGCAGCCUCAAACUGACUGCAGAUGAACUUGCACCUCGUGUGGUCCACACAUCUCCAUAUCUGAAGAAGCUGAGCUCGUAUCGCCCUGCUGAGCAAGUGGAGCUCCUCAAUAAUUACACCACGGUGAUGUUCACCCGACACCCUUUAGAGAGACUGGUUUCAGCUUACAGAGACAAGUUCCUCCAUGAUGAUACAACAUUCUACAGUAGAUCGUUUUCUAAUCUAAUCAAGAAAGUUGUAAGGAGGAAUGUAAAUUCACCCGGAAGGAUCAGUUUCGAAGAGUUUGUGCGCUUCAUUGUCUCAGAAAACCCAAAUUAUAGAGACAGUCACUGGAAGCCCAUGUUGGAACUAUGUGACCCGUGCAAUAUCCACUACGACAUUGUGGGCAAGUUUGAAACCAUCAAAGAAGACGCUGCCUAUGUGCUGAGAUCAAUCAGAGCACCAAAGGACCUGGUGUACCCCGAUAUUAAGCAUUACUCCAAUGAAACCAGGACCAAUGACUUAAUAACAAUGCAAUAUUUCAGAUCCCUUCCCAGAACAUUAUAUGAAAAACUAAUACACAUUUACAGAUUUGACUUCUCCAUGUUUGAAUACAGCCCUCUCUUAAAAUUAUAAAUGACUAUAAGAAUGGGAUGCACGCACAGAUAAUAGUUGACUUUAAUUGUCAUUCCAUAGCUUAUUCAUUCGUGAUUUCUACUUAUUUAGCAAUGGCUAUUUUGAAAAAGAAACCCCCAUCAAUGAUUAUAAAUUUUAUUUAAGAAGUAUCCAUUUCCCACAGAUUGACAUUUUGUUUUUGAAUUCACUAUUGUACAAAUCAGAAAACCUGUUACAGCAGGUGGUUGAAGACUGAGAAUCCUUGUUUUUUUGGGUAGAACCACACGGAUG